AUGGCCGAGUCGGAGUCGCCCUUCCGCUCCAGCAACACCUCCAUCGCCUCCUCGGUGGAGAGCACGGGGAGCCAGCCGUCGACCAGCAGCACCACCACCGGGGACCAGAGCGGCCUGCAGGGGAGCAGCAGCACCGGCAUCCUGGACGCGAGCUCGCUGCGCCGCAACAGGAGCUACAUCGACGUCGGCAGCCGCAGCUUACGGCCCGACAAGGUAGGUCGGAGCCUCCCCGACAGCGCCUCGGGCAGCACGACGCGCAGCCACCUGGGCGUCGACGACGGCGGCGGCAAGCUGCCCGACGAGACCGAGGUCUACUUUCUGUACAUGGACCUGGCCAACCUCGACUCGGUCAGGGACGCCGCCUCGCGCUUCCUGGCCUGCGUCGACCGCCUCGACAUCCUGAUCCUGAACGCCGCCGAGGUCUCGGUGCCUUCUGGCGUCACCGCCCAGGGCUACGAGCGGCACUUUGGCACCAACCACCUCGGACACGCCCUGCUGAUCAAGCUGCUCAUGAGGCUGCUCGUGCGGACCGCCACCUGCGACUCGGUCGGGUCCGACGUGAGGGUCAUCUGCGUCAGCUCCUUUGCCCACCGCUUCACCCCGCCCGAGGGCAUCGACUUUGACAGCCUGAAGCCCGAUCCCAGCUCCUUUCACGAUUCCGCGAGCGCCACGGGAUCAACGACAAACAUCACGCAGAGCGAUACGAACCAGCCCGGCCAGCAGGGGCGGGACGGCGGCGGCGGCGGCAGGCCAGCGACGUCGGGCAGCAGCCAGCGGCCGACGCUGCGGAGGCGGCGGUCGUCACACACCGGCAGCGGACCCUCCUCGCGGCUGCUGUACGGGCAGAGCAAGCUGGCCAACAUCCUGUACGCGCGCGAGCUGGCGGAGCGCUGCCCGCUCUUCACGACGGUGUCGAUCCACCCGGGCAUCGCAAAGUCCGAGGGGAACUGGCGCAGGGGCGGGUCGCGCGUGGUGGGCAGCGGCGCGGUGGUGGAGCGGUUCGAGCAGUGGAUCGUGCCCGUGUUCGGCGCGUCCAUCGACGAGGGCGCCAAGAACCACCUCUGGGCCGCCACGGGCCGCGGCAUCAGCAACGGCCAGUACUACGAGCCCGUCGGCGUGCCCGCCAGGCCGAGCGGCGUCGGCGACGACAGGGUCCUGAGCUGGAAGCUGUGGGAGUGGACGCAGAGGGAGCUGGCUGGGUAUAGUUUGUGA